CGACGUACGUAAGAAAGUUUCAAAAGCAGCCGGCCUCAUUAUUAAAACCCACUGUCACCACACUCCCCUUCCAAUUCUUACACUCCUCUCAUUCAUCCAAACCCCUCAAAAUUGUUGUGAUGGCGUCUGUUCAUGCUAAUUUGACAUCAGUUAUGUGUAAAAAUGUGAACCAUUCUGGCAUUUCAAAGCUUUCAAAGACUGCUUUCUUGCCUAUUUUUGAUGUGGCUGCUGAUCCUACAAACUUAUGGAAGAAGGAAAUACGGUCCUCUUAUAUAAUGGUGCCUCGCGCCACGUUGACUUUUGACCCCCCAUCAACUAAUGUGGAGAAGACUAAGCAAAGGAAGAAUACAGUGGACCCGGCUUCCCCUGAUUUCCUUCCACUCCCAUCCUUUGAACAAUGUUUCCCACAAAGCACAAAGGAAUACAGGGAAGUUGUUCAUGAAGAGUCUGGUAAUGUUCUUAAAGUUCCAUUUCGCCGUGUUCACCUGGCAGGGGAUGAACCACAUUUUGAUGCAUAUGACACCAGUGGUCCACAAAACAUAAGCCCCCAAGUUGGACUCCCGAAGUUACGCAAGGAAUGGAUUGAUCGGAGGGAGAAAGCAGAUCCACCAAGAUACACCCAAAUGUACUAUGCUAAGAAAGGAGUCAUUACCGAGGAGAUGGUCUACUGUGCUGCCAGGGAGAAACUCGACCCGGAAUUUGUGAGAUCAGAAGUUGCUCGUGGCCGUGCAAUCAUUCCUUCCAACAAGAAGCACUUAGAGUUGGAGCCCAUGAUUGUUGGUAGGAAUUUCUUGGUGAAAAUCAACGCAAAUAUCGGAAAUUCUGCUGUUGUAAGCUCAAUUGAAGAAGAAGUUCACAAGCUUCAGUGGGCUACAAUGUGGGGUGCUGAUACCAUCAUGGAUCUUUCAACGGGCCGUCACAUCCAUGAGACCCGUGAAUGGAUUCUCCGUAACUCUUCUGUUCCAGUUGGUACCGUGCCCAUUUAUCAAGCACUGGAAAAAGUCAAUGGGAUUGCAGAAAAUCUAAACUGGGAAGUUUUCCGUGAGACAUUGAUUGAACAAGCUGAGCAGGGUGUGGAUUACUUCACAAUCCAUGCGGGUGUUCUGCUUCGUUAUAUCCCAUUAACAGCUAAAAGAAUGACAGGAAUUGUUUCUAGAGGCGGUUCCAUUCAUGCAAAAUGGUGUUUGGCUUACCAUAAGGAAAAUUUUGCUUAUGAGCAUUGGGAUGACAUUCUUGAUAUCUGUAACCAGUAUGAUAUUGCUUUAUCCAUUGGUGAUGGAUUAAGGCCCGGCUCAAUCUAUGAUGCUAAUGAUACUGCUCAGUUUGCAGAGCUCUUGACUCAAGGUGAACUAACUCGUAGAGCAUGGGAGAAGGAUGUACAGGUCAUGAACGAAGGGCCUGGGCAUAUCCCAAUGCAUAAAAUCCCAGAAAAUAUGCAAAAACAGCUGGAAUGGUGUAAUGAAGCACCAUUCUACACACUUGGACCACUGACUACUGAUAUUGCACCAGGAUACGAUCACAUUACUUCAGCCAUUGGUGCAGCCAACAUUGGAGCCCUUGGAACUGCACUUCUAUGCUACGUGACACCAAAGGAGCACCUUGGUCUACCCAAUCGCGAUGAUGUUAAAACUGGUGUCAUAUCAUAUAAAAUAGCUGCUCAUGCUGCUGAUCUGGCUAAAGGCCACCCGCAUGCUCAAGAAUGGGAUGAUGCUCUUAGCAAAGCUAGGUUUGAGUUCAGGUGGUUGGACCAAUUUGCUCUGUCAUUGGACCCGAUGACUGCCACAUCAUUCCAUGAUGAGACUCUCCCAUCUGAUGGUGCAAAAGUGGCUCAUUUCUGUUCCAUGUGUGGACCCAAGUUCUGUUCGAUGAAGAUAACCGAGGAUGUGAGGAAGUAUGCUGAGGAACAUGGCUAUGGUAGUGCUGAAGAAGCGGUUCAGCAAGGGAUGGAUGCUAUGAGUGCUGAGUUUCAGGCUGCCAAGAAGACUGUGAGUGGUGAACAACAUGGUGAGGCUGGUGGAGAGAUCUACUUGCCAGAAUCAUACAUCAGUGCUAAAAAAAUAUGAAGGGAGCAUGUGAACUUGGAGGAUUUCCGUGGAGUGUCUGCAAGAUCGGCCUAGCUUAAGAUGAGGCCCAAAAUCCUCAUUUUCAAGUAGUAGGUGAGUACAUAGUUUCAGUUUGUGAAGAAUAAAAGGCCGAGCAAAUGUUUCAUGUGUUUUGAGAUUGUGGUAGCAAUAUAACUCUUUUCUGGAAGUUUUUUUUAUCCUUUA